AUGUGGUCUUGGCUGCUGUUUCUUCCUCUUCUGAAAGUUUCCUCAACGAGUGCCAUCUUCGAGCAGUGCAACCACCAGGUGAAGCUGCAAUCCGACCAGAAACUUCUCAUCAACUCGCCCUAUUACCCUGCUCUGUAUCCUGUGGGCACUUCCUGUCGUUACGCCGUGGAGGCUCCCAAGGAUCACGUGCUCCAAUUCAAGUGCGAGCUCCAACUUCGAACGCUUUCCACGGACUUGAAAUGCCGCACGGAGGUGUUUCACUUCAAUUCCGAGGGCGACGAGGUGUUAACAAGUUCCGAAUACUUUUGCGGCAGCGGAAAAUUCGAGCGCAAAAGUUUUCUCAAUCGUGCGGUGAUUUCGUACAUAUCCAGUGGACAUUCGGAGCCGCCCUCAGCCGUCAAGUUGAAGGAUAAACUCUCCGCGGUAACCACUGUGAGCACAACCACCGAGGCACCACAAGGUGUUUCCAUAGAGGAACAGGACGCCGAGGAGGACGAGGAGCUGCAAGAGGAAGAAGAAGAAGAAGAAGAAGAAGCCGACGAGGACCUCAGUGACGAGGUGCUGCACGUGUUGCAGGAUGUGGGCGUCAGCGAUGCCCUGGCCUAUGUGGCCUCUUUGCUCUACGACGCCGAGGAGCCGAGAAAGUCCAGCACUACUAUUUACCUUGACAAGUUGCCAAUUCACAGCAGUUCAAAGACUUCCGCAAAACGUGCCAGGAUUGUUUCCAGCUACCCAACUGCCCCCUCGCCUGCCCACGGAGGUGGACGCUUCUCUUGCCUCGUGGAGGCUUUUCAGCCCACGUGCAGUUGCGGCUGGAGCCGCAUUCCCCGGAUUGCCAGUCCCACCAACGAGGAGGCCGUCCUGCACGAGUUUCCGCCAAUGGCCGGUGUCCUGACCAAAGCCCACGGAAAGGUCUUUUGCGGCGCUGCGAUCAUUCAUCACCACUAUUUGCUGUCGGCCGCCCACUGUUUCCAGGGUCCGGAGACGAGCAGUGCUGCCAAGUUGCGGGUGGUGGUGGGUGAGCACGACUUGGCCAGCUCCUUUGAGACGUUCGCCACCCGGCGCUACGACCUGGACGCCCUCAUUCUGCACGAGGACUUUAGCCAGGCAAGUGGACAGCCGAGGAACGACAUCGCAUUGCUGAGGACGCGAUCGUCGAUCGUGUGGAGCCAUCAUGUGGGUCCCGCCUGCCUGCCACUGCAGCCGGCGGAGGAUGGCCGGAAACCGCCGCUGGCGGGUCACCAGGUGGUGGCCGCCGGGUGGGGAACCACUUCCUACGGCGGUCCACAGACCCAUCGCCUGCUCAAGGCCACCUUGGAUGUGAUCGAUGGUAAGCGCUGCAGACAGGCCUUGAGCUCCGCCGGCGGAGUACCGCCGCACACUUUCUGCACAUACACGCCCGGGCGGGACACCUGCCAGUAUGACUCGGGAGGAGCUCUCUACGAGCGGAUCAACGGACGCCUGGUGGCCGUGGGCAUCGUCAGCUUUGGCCAGGCCUGCGCCGCCCAGCAGCCAUCGGUCAACACUCGCGUCGCCUCCUUCAUCAAGUGGAUCCGGAUCAACAGCCCCGAGGUGGCCUAUUGUCCUGGCCGAACAUAA